AUGUUGGACAUUGAGGAUUUUAUUGAGGAGCGCGGCGGAAACCCUGAGAAGAUUCGAGAGAGUCAGCGUCGCCGACAUGCUCCUGUAGAGCUGGUUGACGAGGUUAUUGCCCUUUGGCAAGAUGCGCGCAAGACUCAGUAUGGAGUUACGCAGAUCGGCACACAAAUAAACGGUGUUCAAAAGGAGAUUGGCCUCAAGAAACGAGCCAAGGAGGAUGCGACCGAGCUACUGAAGCAGAAGGAGGAGUUGACAGAGAAGAAGAAGCUCCAAGAGGAGCUUGCGGCAGCAAAGAAUGCCGAACUCAAAGUCAAGGCAAAGCUCGUCGGAAACUACGUGCACGACUCCGUCCAUGUCAGCGACAACGAGGACAACAACACAAUCGAGCGAACCUGGGAGCCUGAGACUUUCGACAAGACCAAGCAAGCUCCCCUUUCCCACCACGAUGUGCUGCUGCGACUUGGCGGAUACGACCCUGUUCGAGGAGUCAAGUUGGUCGGCCACCGAGGUUACUGCUUGACUGGCUACGGCAUGUUCCUAAACCUUGCACUCGUCAACUAUGCCACAGCCUUCCUCUUUAACAAGGGCUACACCCCUAACCAACCACCCUUCAUGCUCAACCGCGACCAGAUGGCCAAGACUGCACAGCUCUCUCAAUUUGAUGAGGAGCUUUACCGUGUUUCCGAAGGACCUACACCUUCCGAGUCGGAUCGAUACCUCAUUGCCACCAGCGAGCAGCCCCUUUCCGCGCUUCAUGCCGAGGAGUGGAUCCAACCCUCUGAGCUCCCUAUCAAGUACUGCGGUUACAGCACUUGCUUCCGAAAGGAGGCCGGUAGCCACGGUCGUGAUGCUUGGGGUGUGUUCCGCGUGCAUCAGUUUGAGAAGGUUGAGCAGUUUGUCCUCUGUGGCCCCGAUGACAGCUGGGACCAGUUCGAUCAAAUGAUGGCCAACUCCGAGGAGUUUUACAAGUCCCUUGGUCUUCCCUACCAGGUCGUGGGUAUUGUCACGGGUGCGUUGAACAACGCUGCUGCUAAGAAGUACGACUUGGAGGCAUGGUUCCCCUUCCAGAAGGAAUACAAGGAGCUUGUUUCUUGCUCCAACUGCACAGACUACCAGACCAGAGAGCUCGAGAUUCGCCAUGGUUCCAAGAAGGGCAAGCAGAUCGUUGGUGGUGGAAAGAAGGAGUAUGUCCAUGCUCUGAACGCUACUCUCUGUGCUACUGAGCGAACACUGUGCUGCAUUCUUGAGAACUACCAAACGGAGGAAGGUCUCGUUGUUCCCGAGGUCUUACGAAAGUAUAUUCCUGGCGAGCCUGAGUUUUUGCCUUUCAUCAAGGAGACCCCCAAGGAAGCAGAGAAGACCGAAAAGAAGGAGAAGACCCUUCCGGUUCGUGAGACCAAGGCGUAA